AUGGCCGACGAGGACUCCUACCCGGCUCCGUACGGCCGCGCCUGCUCCAACUGCUCCACGUCCAAGUGCAAGUGCAUCUUCCCGAAAUCCGGAGGACGCUGCCAAAGAUGCCAGCGCCUGGACAAGGAAUGUCGCCAGCCCCCGUCUCACAAACGCCAGUCCGCCCGCAAAGCCGCAACCUCGAAAUCCGCCCGGUUGGAAGAGAAACUGGAGGAUCUGGUUGCGCUGCUCCGCGCCGGCGUCCACUCCCCAAUCGUCAAUCCACUCAACAACGCCAUGUCGACGCCCGAGUCGCUCGAUGCCGCGCUCAACAGCUUCACGCAGAAUACGUCCCUCCCGCCCAUUCCAACCCUGACGCCCGAUACGAACCCCUCCGAAUCCACCAGUCGAUCUCCCGUCGCAUUCUCCACCCCCGCCGAGCCGACCCCGCCGCAGGCCGACGAGUGCCUUGACACCUUCCGCACCCAGCUCCUCCCAUACUUUCCGUGUAUAUACAUUCCGCCUGAUAUGAGCGUGCAACGGCUUCGCCAAACGCGCCCGUUUACAUGGCUGUGUAUCAUGUCCGUCACUUGCAAAGCCGCCGCGCAACGGCGGGCUCUGAACGACAAGAUCAAAGCCACGGUUGCACAGCAGAUGGUGCACAACUCGGCAAGCACGGACAUCGACAUCCUCCUGGGCCUUCUGAUCUACCUGGGCUGGUCGAAUCAACAAGUCUACAACAAGGCGAAUCUCCACGUGUUCACCCAGCUCGUUCAUGCGGCGGUGUACGAGCUCGGCAUCCACAAUCCAUCUGCGAAACCGAAGAUGAUGGCCUUGUGCGUUUACACGGAGGAGGAGGAGGACGCGCCGGUUCCGGGGCAGUCGAUGGAGGAGCGCAGGGCGGUUCUGGCGGCUUUUCUUGUGACGUCGAUGUACUUCUCAUCCUCUUCUGCUUCUGAAUUGUUGCUGAUUGCGAUUUACAGAAUCUCGACUUUCGUGCAAAAAACGGACUCGCUUCGCUGGACGCCUUUCAUGGCUGAGUGCCUUCGUCAAGUGGAGGAGCGGCAGGAGUGCAUCAAUGAUGAGAUCUUGGUACAACAGGUCAGACUGCAGCAGAUCACAGAUAAACUCAACAUGAGCACUGGGUUCAAUCCGACUUCCGACUCAGUUCAAGUGCCGCCCGCCUUCUAUCUCCGGUCUAUGCAGACGCAGCUGCAGAACAUCCAGCCCCGUGUUGCACUGGACGCUCAAGCACAUAAAAUCCUCCUCCUGCACCACCACUACGCCUCCCUAACGCUCCACGAAUCCGCCCUCACCAGCGCCCCCAUGUCCCCAUCCAGCACCCUCAACUUUCAACAACUAGAACAUCACUACGCGUGCCUCUCCGCCGCAAAAUCCUGGUUCGCCCUCUUCCUCUCCAUCCCCCCAGCAUCCUACAUCUCCUUCCCCUUCUCGAUCUUCGCGCAAAUGGUGCAUAACCUCGUCGUGCUCUACCAACUCUCCACCUUCGACAAUCCCUCCUGGGACGUCGCGGCCGUGCGCAAGACAAUCGAUGUCCUUGAACUCCUGGAAACGGUCAUCAAGAAUAUGGGGCUUGUUGCGGCCGCCGCUGGAUUGGAGGGCGAGGCAGACAGUGAUGUCUUCUCCGUCGUCGCGAAGAUGUAUAAGUCUGUGCUGGUGGGGUGGGAGGUGAAUCUUGCGCCGCCGAUGCCCAUGCCGAUGCCGAUGUUUGAUGGGGAGUAUGGGUUUACGCCGGAGUUUGGGACGGGGGCGGGUUGA